CUUAAGUAAUGUGCCUAUGCUUAUCUAGCCCCUUUGUGCUUAAUCUACUUGCCUACUUACACUACCUAACCUACGUUUGUAAGUAGAUAAUAAAGAACUAAGUAGUUAAUUAAGUAUCUACAUGUAGUUAAUGUAAUUAGUAUUCUAAUUAUGUACCUACUCUAUGUUUAAAAUAGUUGAAAAAGGAGUAUGUUAAUUAAAUAAAGAAUUAAUUGCGAUUAAUGUUCGGUUUCACGGGGCCAAAUCAGUGCGAUUGUAAUGAGAGUGGAGUAGCUCGCCGCACGGCCGUGUGUCCGGACGUGUGGCUCGUCUCUGGUACAUACGUUUAUAAGAACUCGACUCGCCACUUAAGAGUAGUUAUAGAUUUAAUUAGUCUGAGAUUCCGUACGACUGCGUUGCUCAAGUCGCAGCAACAACCGCCGCGCCGGGGCAGCAGAGGUCACUGUCAGUUCCCGCAGGUCAUUGUCGUGUGAUCACAAUUGCUGAGGAUUUACUAUCUCACGAACCCGGAAGAUGAAGCUGCUACUACUGAUCAUAACAGUAUAUUCUGUAUCGUUUAUCAUAGCACAGGUACAGCAGCCAUCCCGCGCCAUUAGGAUAGUCGGCGACGAAUUCGUACUGGACGACAAGCCACUGCAGAUAGUGUCAGGCUCCUUGCAUUACUUCAGGGUUCCGGCCGAGUACUGGUCGGAUCGGCUGCGCAAGCUUAGGGCAGCUGGACUCAACGCUGUCUCCACUUAUGUGGAAUGGAGUUUCCACGAGCCCGAAGAGCGGAUGUAUAACUUCGAGGGAGACCGCGACCUCGUGAGGUUCAUCCAGCUCGCCGCUGCUGAGGAUCUCCAUGUGCUGCUCAGGCCUGGACCAUAUAUUUGCGCUGAACGGGACCUCGGUGGCUUACCGUACUGGCUUCUUGGAAAAUACCACAAUAUCAGUUUAAGAUCGACAGAUAAAGAUUUCAUCGAAGAAACUAAAAUAUGGAUGAAUAAACUUUUUACGCUGUUAACUCCACUGCUGUAUUCAAAUGGUGGUCCCAUAAUCUUAGUUCAGAUAGAAAAUGAAUACGGUAGUUAUAGCAGUGAUGUUAAAUACAAGGAUCAACUGUUCAAUAUAUUCAAAGAGCAUGUGGCGGAGGCCGCACUGCUGUAUACUACCGACGGUGGUUAUGCUGUGCGCGGUGGAGCCAUCAAGAAUACACUUACUACAAUCGAUUUCGGACCAGUCAAGGAUGCUUUGGAUGUCAGAGCGGCAUUUGCUCCACUGCGGCAAGUGAUGCCUACAGGGCCGCUGAUGAAUUCAGAGUUCUACUCCGGCUGGCUCACGCAUUGGGGUGAAUCCUUCCAAACGGGAUCAACCGAGGACAUAAUCAGCACUUUGCGGAGUUUACUGGAGAAGAAAGUAAACAUUAAUUUCUAUAUGUUCUUUGGAGGAAGUAACUUUGAAUUUUCCGCUGGUGCCAACUAUUUUGGAGUUUACAAACCUGAUAUAACGUCUUACGAUUAUGAUGCACCGAUUUCUGAAGCUGGUGAUUUGACACAGAAGUAUUAUGCUAUACGAGAUUUAUUGUAUGAGUUCAACAUUCUGCCUCCAGAAUCUUUGCAAGUUCCAGAUAACUGGCUUAAGGGCGCCUACGGUCCGUGGUCAGUGAAGAAAGAAUACGGAUUGCUCACCGCUAGAGGGCGCUCGACCUUAGGCAAGCCAUACAAUAAUGUGUCUGGUGGUAACUUGCCAACUUUUGAAUCUCUGAGACAGCGCAGUGGUUUCGUACUAUACGAAACUACUUUGAAUGAAGAUGGUCAAGGCUUACUCAAAAUUAAUUACCCACGAGAUCGAGUAUAUGUAUUUGUUAAUAAUGAUUUCGUUGGUAUAAUAAGUAGAAUGCACAAUAUACUUUCGUUGCCGAUCAGAAGUGAAGCAAACGCCACACUAUCGUUGCUUGUUGAAAACCAAGGGCGUAUUAAUUACGGAAAACAUAAGGACAUCCAUGAUUACAAGGGAAUACUCCGUCCUGUGUUAUACAAUAAUAUAACUUUGGAUCAAGAAUGGAAAAUAACAGGAUUUCCGUUAGAAGUCCUCCCUACAUCGGUUGCUACUGAGAGCGACCAGAAAGAAGCUACUUGGGGGCCGCUGCUAUUCGAAGGCACUUUUACUAUACCAAGUGGAUUGAACCCAUUGGACACAUAUUUAGAUACUACUGGAUGGGGAAAAGGAUAUAUUUGGGUGAACGGGCACAACCUUGGCAGGUACUGGCCAGACGUGGGCCCGCAGAUAACGCUGUACCUGCCUGGUGUGUGGCUCCUGCCUGCGCCUGCCAUCAACCGGAUUCAGAUCCUGGAGCUGGAGUCUGCCUCACCUUCGCGAGAGAUCAUAUCUAUCGGCUACCCAAUAUUAAACAGACCGACGAGGUCGCACACUGCGUCAGUGCGUUUUUAUAACUAAUUAUGAAGUAUGACUAUAAAUUUAGCAUGAUUACCUACUCUUUAGGUAUGGCGAAAACAAUUUAUAUAAUUUACUUAUGCAAAUUACAUAUUCUGCACAGUGUUAACAUAGAAAUCGUUUUUAUUUUCUUUUUCUACGUGAGAACAUAUUUUAUAAAUAAUUCUCAGAUAUUUUUCGCUUCAGAGACACAGGUCAGGUCAAUUUAAGUACAAUGAAUACCUAUGGGUAACUAUUUUAUUUUCAUAACACUGUAAAUUUAUUGUAAAAGUAUUGAAGUCAAUAUAAGAUGGUUACUUUUUGUUACGUUUUUAUUUGUAACGAGUAGUUGCUAGUGGCUUCGCCCUAUAUCUAUUCCAAAUUUUAUCAAAAUCGAUUUAGCUCUGAUAGCGUGACAGGCUUUCGCGUUUAUAAUAUUAGUAUGGAUGUAAAUGCAGACUACCUCGUUUAAGUGAAAACAACAAAAAGUUUUAAUAUGUUAUUCUAUCGUACAUAUGAAAAUCGUAAUCGUCGACGUAUUCUGGGUGAUUUGAUUAUGAUGUACAUAUCUGGGUAAAUUAUAUAACAUAACCGAGCUGUAGGAAAUCUAUUGUUCUACGACUUUUGUCUAAACGUAAUAAAUACAAAAAUGUUCCUUUUUUGAGUUUUAAUAUCGUUUCUAUAAAAGUUAUGUUCGAUUCCGCUACAUAACGCUACUGCGCUGUCUCGUGUUGCUUGGCUAUUUAUUACAUAGUGUUAAGAUGUGUAGAAUCGCAAAUUAGUUUUUUUUUAUAUGUAAUAUAAACUAUGAAUCACGAAAAGUCGUAGAAUAAAAGUUGCUUGUUUUGAUGUACCCAAGUAGUCUUAAAGAAGUUUUGCGUUUGAUACCAGUAACCCUGUAUAUGUCCUAAGAGUCAAAUGUCGAUCGAGGUAUAUCACUUAGAAUCUGAGAAAAUUAACAAUAAUAUUAUAAAUAGUAUUCUAAUGUUCGUAGAUAUAGGCGCCCAAUUUGUUUUGGCCAAUCAAUUAAGUAGUUAUAAGUUAAUUAGACGAAGAUUUUUUACUUUUCUAUGAGGCUUUUUAUAUUCUCUAGAGCUUAAAAUCUAAUUUUUGGUGGUUUACAUACCAACAUACCUAAUGUCAAACUUUACGAGAAGUGAAAAUACAUUCUGUUUAACCAUU